AUGUGGGGAGCGCCGAGGGGCCAGCCCGGUCCCCCCUGCUUGCUGCUGCUGGCUCUGCACACAGGUCUGCUGGCAGGGGUGAACAUCACCAGCCCUGCAGCACUGGUGCGUGGCACAGCGGGCAAAGCGGCGCUGCUGUCGGUGCGCUAUGCCAGCGCCAGUGCCGACAAGCCCGUGGUCAAGUGGCAGCUGAAGCGAGACAAACCCGUCACCGUGGUCCAGUCCAUCGGCACCGAGAUCAUCGGCAACCUACGGCCUGACUACCGGGAUCGCAUCCGGGUGCUGGAGAACGGCUCCCUCCUCAUCAGCCCCUUGCAGCUGUCCGAUGAAGGGGCUUACGAGGUGGAGGUGUCCAUCACCGACGACACCUUCACUGGCGAGAAGACCAUCAACCUCACUGUGGACAUCCCCAUCUCGAAGCCUCAAGUGCUGGUGGCCUCCUCAACGGUGCUGGAGCUCAGUGAGUUCUUCACCCUCAACUGCUCCCACGAGAACGGCACGAAGCCCACCUACACCUGGCUGAAGGAUGGGCGGCCGCUGAGCAACGACUCCCGCCUGCUCCUCUCCCCUGACCAGAAGAUCCUCACCAUCACCCGUGUCCUCAUGGCCGAUGAUGAUGUCUACAGCUGCCUAGUGGAGAACCCCAUCAGCCACGGCCGCAGCAUCCCUGUGAAGAUCACUGUCUACCGCCGGAGCUCCCUCUACAUCAUCCUCUCCACGGGCGGCAUCUUCCUCCUCGUCACCCUGGUGACUGUUUGUGCCUGCUGGAAACCCUCCAAGAAGGACAAGCGACAAGCAGAGACACAACCAGCUUCCGAAUACACAGAGCAGGACGAGGAGCGCCUGAAGCAUGAGGCUGAGACCAUCCCACGGAGCGCUGAGCACGAGCGCAAGAAUCCGGUGGCCUUGUACAUCCUCAAGGACAAGGACUCUCCGGAGGCAGAGGAGGACGCGGCACCGGAGCCCCGUGGCGCGGUGGAACCGGGUUACCCCAGCCCUCCGGUGCCAGCAGCCGGCCGCUCGCCGGGCCCGGUGGUUCGCUCGACGCGGCGCUACCAUCGUUCACCAGCGUGUUCACCCGCCUCGACACGCACACACCGCUCACCACCGGGGUCACCCGCACGGUCCCGCGGUGCCCCACGGCUGCUGCGCACCGCCGGUGUCCAUGUCAUCCGCGAGCAGGAGGAGGCCAACGCCGUGGAGAUCAGUGCCUGA